GUCAUGUGAUCAGCUGUGUCCAAUCACAGCUGAUCACAUGGGACAUGUACACUGAUCAUAAAGGCACUGAUGAUCAGUGUGCCCUGAUGAUCAGUGUGGCCCCAGAAGUGCCACCUGUCAGUAUCCAUCAGUGCCACGUGCCACGUGCCACGUGCCAGUGCCCAUCAGUGCCUCAUCAAUGCCACAUAUUAGUGCAUACCAGUGCACAUCAAUGCCACAUAUCAGUGCCCAUCUGAGCUGCCUUUCAAUGUCACCCAUCAGUGCCAGUCAGUGCCACCUAUCAAUGCCAAUCAGUGCCACCUAUCAGUGCUGCCAAUCAGUG